UCCUGUGAUAAGUGUAGCCGAUACCUGUAGCAGGAGGAGGAGGAAAGCCCGAUGGAUGAAGGAUGUAAGCGCUGCCAUCUACAACAAGCCUUCGGGUAUAUUUGAAGAGGGGACGUCAACUAAUCUCUGCCUGGAGGCGAAAUUAUAUUUGAUAUCGCACCGACUGCGCUUGAAAUAGGCGUCCACCUCUACCAAAUAAACCUGGCACAGAACCGCUUCUCUGGAAUCCAGGGAACAAAGGUCUCGGCGUUUGUUGCAGGCGCGCAGGUUACCCACAAAUUAAAACGUGCCAUCACUGGAGCUGAAAUGCUGUUGAGUCUUCUUGCCGGAGGAUUCGGUGAACUGGACGCGCUUUAAAAUAUGACAGGUCAGGUCCUGGGGGAACCGUGCGGCGGGGCUCACACGGAUGAAAACGCCGCCAUCCGCAUCAACGUGGGCGGCUUCAAGAAACGUCUCCAGUCGGACACUCUCUCCCGGUUUCCCGAGACCAGGCUCGCGCGUCUGCUCCACUGCCAGUCCAAAGAGUCCAUCCUGGAACUGUGCGAUGACUACGACGACACGGAGAAAGAGUUUUACUUCGACAGGAACCCAGCGCUCUUUCCCUACGUGUUGAAUUUUUACAACACGGGGCGGCUCCACGUCAUGGCCGAGCUCUGCAUCUUCUCUUUCAGCCAGGAGAUCGAGUACUGGGGCAUUAACGAGUUCUUCAUCGACUCCUGCUGCAGCAGCUCCUACCACUGUAGGAAAAUGGACCAGGACCGGGAGGACUGGGAUGACCGCAGCGAUGAAGGAAGCACCACUUCAUCUUUUGACGAGCUGUUGGAGUUUUACAACGACGCCUCCAAGUUUGAUAAGCAGCUGCUCGGGAGCGCACGGAGGCGCAUCUGGUUGAUGCUGGAUAACCCCGGCUACUCCGUGGCCAGCCGCAUCAUCAGCAUCCUCUCCAUCCUGGUGGUGCUCGGCUCCAUAGCCACUAUGUGCAUGAACAGUAUGAGUGACUUCAGCCUGCUGGACAGCGAAGGCCAGCCUACAGAGGACCCACGUUUCGAAACUGUGGAGCACUUUGGUAUCGGCUGGUUCACUCUGGAGCUGGUGGCCAGGUUCGUUGUGGCGCCAGAUCUGCUGCACUUCUUCGAUCAUCCGUUAAAUGUGAUAGACCUGGUGUCCAUACUUCCGUUUUACCUGACACUUCUCAUAAACCUGGUGGUGGAGAGCAGCCCCGCACUGGCAAACCUAGGACGCGUUGCGCAAGUGCUGCGGCUGAUGAGAAUUUUCCGCAUUCUGAAGCUGGCCCGUCAUUCCACGGGGCUGCGCUCCCUGGGAGCCACACUCAGGAACAGCUACAAAGAAGUGGGGCUUUUGCUCCUCUACUUGGCAGUCGGAGUGUCGUUUUUCUCCGUUAUGGCUUAUACGGUGGAGAAAGAGGAUAACGAGGAUCUCACCACCAUUCCGGCAUGCUGGUGGUGGGCCACUGUCAGCAUGACCACCGUGGGAUACGGUGAUGUUGUGCCGGUGUCUAUUGCCGGCAAACUGACCGCCUCUGCGUGCAUCCUGGCCGGGAUCUUAGUAGUUGUGCUUCCGAUUACGCUCAUUUUCAACAAAUUCUCCCUCUUCUACAAGAGACAGAAACAGCUGGAGAUCGCAAUGAGAAGCUGCGACUUCGACGAGGGGAUAAAAGAGGUGCCCUCCGUCAACCUGAGGAAUUAUUACGCACACAAAGUCAAAUCCCUCAUGGCGAGCUUGUCAAACAUGAGCCGGAGUUCACCUAGUGAACAGAGUUUAAACGAAUCAAUACACUGAAACAGGACACUCUGUCAGUGAGGUCAGGUGACGCUGUUCAAUACAUGUGGCCUACCGAGGAGCUCUCCGGAGUGCUGAAAUUCUCUGGACUGAGAGUCUGCUUCCUUCCACUGAUGUCUGACCGUUUGCCUCUCUGUAGCUCAGUGCAAUAAUGUGUUCAUUUCUGUGUCUAUCAAAAUGAAAAAGUAAGCAAAUGUACAGGACAGCCUGAACAUCACGUCUCACUGUGCAAAAAUACGGCCGCUCAACAAAUAGGCUAAAAGUCUGACCCCAUCUGAUGAAAAAGACAAAGAAUGCUGUAGUUGUUUACAGUGUCACACUGUAGUCCACUUUCCAGCUAUACAUGUUGUAAUCAAGUAUGUCUGAAGUAACUGUAUCUCUUUCAAAAGAGUCUCGAUGUAUAAUUGUGGUGUUGCAACAAUACUUCAGAUGUGUGGUUAAAGCAAAGUGUAUUAAAUAUACAA